UCAUCAAAACAAGAGGAUCAUGCACCCUAAGACACCAUCACAUGCCUUCAAAACUGGAUUCAAAUCUCUCUAUAUUUAUACACUACCAUUCUAUAAACUCAAUACUUCCCUCAAACUUCUCAUCACUGCCUCGAAAACCCAGGAAACAAAACUGUGAAACACAUCGAUUCAAGUCCUCAAUUUCAUUCGAAAUAAUGGGUUAUGAGCCUCGAAGGAAAAUGGAAACGAAAGGAGUUUCGGUACUUGGAGGGGAUCAAGAGUUUUUGUUCAACAGAAACCUCUUAAGAAACUCCUCAUCCUCAUUGGGUUGCUCUUCUAGGGUUUAUUACUGCAGGAGCACUGAAGGGGUUCCAUUUAACUGGGAACUGCAGCCAGGAACACCGCGGAACCCACCAAAAGAAGAAGCAAUUCCACCAAUAAGCCCUCCUCCGGCUGUGCUCAGCUUAGGGCUACCCAAGCCCUGCAUUGAUCAGCAGCUUCAUACUAAUAAGCCUCCAACAAGCCCUCUGCAUAGGCUCAAGUUUUGGAGUAAAAAAAGUAAGGGAAAACAACAACGUAAGAAUAAUUUGCAACACAAUGGUGGCUUAUAUAAGUUUGAUAAGGUCGAGUCUUGCAGCUCUGAUUCUGAGUUCAUGGCAUCGUCAACUUCACCUCGGAACUCAAGCUCUUCAUCUUCAUCUUCAUUUUCUUUUUCAAAAGGGCAGUGCUCGAGUUUAAGAAGUACUCCGGCAAGGGAUUCUUUCACUAGUUCUGGUCAUUUCAGCUGCAGUCCUUGGAAAUUAAGAUCUUUUUCUCACUAGCGCUGCAAGGCGAGUUUGAUACAGCGUGUUGUUAAGUUUUGCAUUAUGCUUUGUCAUAUACUACAUACAAUUAUUCGUUUCUAGAAAGGCUUUUUUUAGCCAAAUUGA